AUGAGAACCGGAAUGUGGCUCGUAGCUGUGCUUGGCUACGUUAUACAGACCAAAGCUAUCUCACACGUCUAUUCACUCACAGAUCCAGAAAAACAGCAAAGCAGCAGCCACCAGGAAGCGCUGUGCUUACUGUUUGCACACCUUUCGGCAUGGACGGUGAUGGCCCCAUUAACAGAGCUUUUUUCCCGGUUGAAAAGUGGUUCUUUGGGCGGAAAUGGACCAAGAUUCACUGAAAUGUUGCCCGUGACGAUUUCGGCCGCAGUUGUGACAGAUGAAGAGCUUUUCCUCGAUAACGAUAGCCUCCCACGCGCGACUGGGACACUCAGGACACAGCUGAAGCGUCUGUUGCAAGUCGUCGUCUUGGCGUCGUUGCUGAUUGUCGCUGGGUACACCUUUUUAGUGGCCUUAAGGCUGUCCCCAGCUCUAGACGUGGCUAUGAUGCACAACACAUCGAUGUUCGAAAUCGUUUCUCUGUUGCUGGUAGUGGCAGGCGUGGCCCCAAGAAAGCAUCUGGUGCGCAAUUUUGCCCUCAUGGUGGUGAUCUUGGCCGGCAUUUUCAUUGUGUCUUACACCAAGGCCACCAGCGAUCUGCUUUCCGGGAAAUUGUCCGUGAACGAAAGCACAGGCGAGCUAGACGACCCUUUUCUCUUCGACAGGCUGAAAGGCGCCCUGACAUGUGGACUAGGUGCGCUCACGAUAGGCCCAUUUUUCGUGCUGUGGAGCAAAUGGAGUGCCACUGCGCAAACGGGACCAGUUGACUCAAUUCGGCCCUACCUUACACACAGAGAAAGAACCAGAAUUUCCAACUUUGAGAUCAGUCAGCUCGGUGUUAUGAACUUGCUCAUUCUGGGACCGCUACUCUUCUUUAGCGGCACAAAUAAUCUCUGGGCCCAAUGCACUUGGUCAAAAUCGGCAUGGAUUCUCGUUUCUGUUUUCGCAGGCCAUCUUCCCAUGAUUUGGGCUCUAGUGAACUUGUCAGACCGGGUCUCGCCGCAAUAUGCGUCUACGUGCUUCGUAGGAGCCAUCGUUUUCAUGGCUGCGGCUGAUUGCAUCUCCGAAACCACACAGAUCAUCGUUACCAGGUGGGAGGUGAUAGGGUAUUUGAUGAUCAGCGUAGCUGGCCUACUGCUUGGCCGUCGGUAUCUGUCCACGGCUAAAACGGAUUCAUAA